CGCCCCACCAGUGCCUCUCCCGUGCAGGGCCGCGCUCGCCCCGGUGGACACCCUGCUCCUGGCUCCCUCCGCCAGGGCUGCGGCUCCAUGAGACAUCACCAUGGCGUUCUCAUCCCGGUUUGCGUUCUGGGAGCAGAAGGUCAAGGACGAGGAUAAAUCUUUAGCUGUGAAAAGACCCGUGAAGGAAGACGGGGCUUCAGAGAGCCCAAAGGACGCAGCAUCUGCACCUCUGAAAGCUGAGACCCCAAAAGCUGAGCCUGUGAAAGCUGAGCCCCCAAAACCUGAGCCUGUGAAGAGCCCUGAACCCGUGAAGAGCCCUGAGCCACCUCCUGGGAGAGGGAAGAGCCCAGAGCCACCUCCUGGGAGAGGGAAGAGCCCAGAGCCAGUGCUGAACGGGGCAGCUGUGAAUGGGCUGGAGGGCCCGGCCACCGAGGCACAGGGAGAUGAUGGUCAGGGGCUCUCCCGCCGCAAGGUGGUCCGGGUGGUGCGCAAGGUGGUGCGCAAAGUUCUGCCAGGGGAGGACACUGGCAGUGCCAAGGAGCCAGGCCGAGAUGCCAAGUCUCCUGAGCCAGUGCCACCCCCAAGGAAAGAGGAAACAGGCCGUACCAGUGUCCCAGCUCCCCCAGCCCCGCCACCUCCCCCCACCACAGUGCCUUCAGCCAAGCCGGAACCCAAGGAUGAGAUCUCAGAGGGGCUCAAAACCCUCAUGGCAAAGGGCAAAACCAAGGAGCACCGGCCACGGCUCCGGCUGGGGGACAGGCAGGAGAAGUCCUGUGAGCCGGCUGGUGGGGACACGAAGCUGUCCCCGUCCCCGGGCGCUGAAGCCAAACCAGAGCCACCAGUGCAGCUUUUGGGAGGAAAAGCAGAGCUGGCAAAGGCUUCUGCUCCGAAACCCACGGCCCUGGAGAGGCACAAGAAGCUGCAGACCAGCGAGAAGCGGCCGACCCCUGUGAAAAAUGUCCCGGCUGCUCCCCAGCAGGCUGCCCCUGGCCCUGCUUCCCCUGGCCCGGUAUCCCUGCUGAGCCCGUCUGAGGAGGCGCAGCUCCGGCUGGAGAGGAUCUUCACCACUUCUGUAAUUCCAGAGGUUUUGGUGCUUGUGUGUCGCCUUCCCAGGGACAGGGAGGCAUGAGCAGUGUGUGGCUGCCCAGGACAUGCCAUGUGCUCUGCACACAGUGACUGUAUCCCCGUGUUUGGCUGCCAACCCCAUGGUCCUUUUCUGGGUGACACUGGCAGCAGGGAAUGGAUGACCGGGGCUGUUGGUGGGUUUGGGGAUCGUUGCCCAGACAUGCUGAGGAUGGGGAACUGCCAGCAUCCCCGUAGUGCACACUGUGGCUGGGAUGGAUGAUGUCCUGGUGGUGCUGUGUGAUCAUGGCCAUGCUAGGGCCCUGUGGCUUGUCAGGAUGCUGCUUCUGCUCUAUGCCUCUCACCCCCUCUCUCCUUUCUCUCCUCCUUCCUUG